CUUUCUCUCUCUCUCUCUCUCUCUUUCUCUUUUCAUUCAUUCAUUCUCAUUCUCUCUCUCUCUCUCUCUCUCUCUCUCUCUCUCUCUCUCUCCCCGGCGGAUGACUUCAAUGUUCCGCCUGGGUUUCCUUUAUGAUCUCGGGAUCACCCCCAUCCUACGGCAGACACAAACACACACUGUUUACACUCUGCACUCUUCCUCCAGCUGCUUCUCGCCUGGACGGUGCGACAGCACCCCUGCCCAGUUUUAAACCACUCUGUUUCGUGGAUAUUCAGAGGAUUUUCGUGCUAUUACUCGAACUAGGAACGCUUCUGUCUCUGUCGUCUGUUAUUCAGCUCGAACUUCUGUGCCAUCAUGUCCGAGGUUCUGCCGUACAAUGAGGGGAAGAUGAGCGGCUACGGAGCGGACAACGACGUUAGCCAGAUAUCCUUCAGCUGCGGGCUGCAAGACUCGAGCUCGUUUUUCGGGGCGUCGCAGGCGAAAAGACCCCCAAAACUCGGCCAGAUUGGCAGAGCAAAGAGAGUGGUCAUCGAGGACGACCGAAUAGACGAGGUCUUGAAGGGAAUGACGGACAAAGCGUCACCGGGCGUCUAAAGCUCCAGCGACAACUUGCAGACAUUAAAUUUUUUUAAAGAUCACCGGUUUGAACCAGUGGUCGGCUGUGCGUGAAUGCGGGAGGACGGAGAGACACGAAGCGCUGCCAAAAGGCGACAGAAUGGUAAACUAGAGAGAGGUUGCGACGUCAAGACUCACUUGGCAUUCACCGGACAUUCUACAAAAUGAAAAGCCGGUUUAUAUUUUUAAAAUAAUAAUUCAAUAAAAGCGUAGCUGCGCAGAAAGCCAUUGACGCUGCCGCGGGGUCCCAUGCGGCUCCAUUAUCGACCUUUGCCACGGUGGAUGGACUUGCCAUUACUUCACGACCAUUUGCUUCCAAAAUGCGCCGUAUAAGCAUUGACCUUAGAAUGCGCAGGACAAAGCACAUCUCAAGCUUUAUUAUUGUACUUGUACAGUAUCUACGACUCGAAAGACUUAUCUUUAAGCUUGUAGCCUAUACGCGCUUCAAACGUGAAAAAAGACGGGUGUGAACCAGAACAGCACCUGCGCCCCUGCUCAGUGUAGAGUGCAUUCCAGCUGCUACUACAGCUGUUUAUAGUCCAAGACACACACACUCUCUCUCUCUCUCUCUGGAUGGUGCAAUGUUAAUGUAUGUAUUUAUUCUCUUAAUUUAAACUAACCGAUGAUGAUGUAAAUGUAGGCUAUAUCCUUCGUAGGAAAUUCGUAUUGAUAAGUAUUUUUGUCCGAUUUUCGUGGUGAUGGCGCAUGAUCCCGCAUUGAUGGACCAUGGUGGGCAUGCAUUACCUUCACACAAUCAAAAUUACUCCAAAUGAAUAAUAGAUAAAAAAUGUCCCAAUAUAAUUAAACCUCUGCAAGCAAGUUAAUUUUAUCUUUAAAAAAAUAUAAAUGGCGUCGUCCAUAUUUGAGUUCUGUUUCUCCACCUCUUUGCAUGAACUUUUACCUUCGGUGCCAAUGCAGUUGACGUCAUAACUUUUAUGCCGUAUUCACAUUACUGUGGAAAAUCAACGUAGCGCAUGAUUUACUCACUCCAGCACUGUCGGUGGAGCUGCAUAGAUUUGUAUGUCCAGGUUUGGAGACAUGGGGUGGCAAAGGGAGGGGCAGGAGCACACUAAGGGAUGUACACCACUUAGUGAUGUAGCUUGAGAGAAACGUUGAAUUUGUUUGGUACAAAAUCAGUGGCCCUAUAGCCUAGUGAAAUGACUGUAUUGACCUUAUAGUUAUAGUUAGUUUCUAAUACUGAAGCUACUUGGUUGAAAUGCAUACACCAUCACAAUGAUCACUUAAAUCAACAUAAUAUAGAUAUGAUUAAUUCUGCAUGAAUUACAAAAGAGAUGUGACUUGAGGUCAGAAUUAGUGUGGCACAAUUUAUUUAUAGGGUGGCAAGUGUUACAGCCAUGCAAACAGGUAGCUUAUAAGGCUAACACUACAUAGGGAACUCUAACAAGGCUACUAUUAGACAGACAAAUACAUUUUUUAAACUUACCUUCAGGUUAACUAACUACCCUUUCAGGUUGUUUUGGGGUUUAAUACUGUAAAAGUAUCCAAAGUUUGUGUUUUUAAGGUCAGUACACAGUGGGGUUAAAGUAUAUUUUUGAACCUUUGUCAUUGCACUCUACCAGCACAGGGCGGGAAAAGGGAUGGGGACAAUAUUCAAUUCAGGUCAACAUCCAUGCAAAAAAAAAAAAAAUUCCACAAUGAUAUGAAUACAGCAUCACAAAGUCAGUUUUGUAUUUUUUUUGUAUUUAAGUAUUUAUUAUAUAUAGCCUCUGCUAUUUUAUUGUCUUAAGAUUCAACAAAAAUGUUUGUAUCUAAGAAAGGGAUGAGACGAUGGCACAUCUGAAAGGGUUGUAAACGUGUUUAAUAUCAGACAUGGGACUUCUUUUUGUCUUUCUUUCUCUCCCUUCAAAGGGAUAUGCCGAAUGUGCUUCAGGGUUUAUUUGCACAAAUCAAUGUUACUUCUAAAUAAGAAAUCAUAUACUGUGACUUAAGCUUCAUUAAUUCGUUAGAAAAUGUUGACUUUAGAGUCUACUGCACUGUUUACGACUGUCCACAAAUAACAGUGUUAUUUGAUGAGUUUCUGAGCUUUAUAUCUAUGUGUUUUUUUGUUGUUGAUUUUGUACCAUUCUUAUAAAGAAAUUAAUUAUGGUUUGUUGUGCAUGAAACCAAUUUUUCAGCAACUGACAUCGUUUUAUGAAGCAAAGAAGCAACAAAAAUGUAAUCGCAUUCUGAGAAUGAUUCAUUGUAUAUUAUGAUGCCACUUUCACGGUACUUGGUGAAUUAAUAAAUGGUGGAAAGAAACAUGGACUUUUCUGAAUGGCUGAUAUUUCUCACUGUUGACAAGUACUGGACUUAGAUCUAGAUAAGACAGGUAAUCAAAUGAUGCAAAUCAUGCAAUUAUCCUGCCUUAGGUGUAUAAAUAGCUUGAAUUAGACCCAUCUGAAAACACAGAAACCAGUCAAAUUUAAACAUCUUUCACAGAUCCUGCACAAUGGACAUUUAGGCAGUUGAUGGUGGUCUGGCAAAACCAGGCUUGUCUAACCUUG